AUGCGCUACGCGGUUGAGCCGUGCGCGUCGGUUCGCGACCGCUUGACCUCUGAGGAGCUGCGCCUCCUCCGUGACAGCUUCAUACGUCUUGACAUGGACGGCGACGGGGUUGUGAAGCUGCAGGAUAUCCACGACGUUUUCAAGGAUGAUAUGCCGCCGGCAGCGUGCUUAGAGACAGACGAGACUUUAGAUUUGGUGUCGUAUCUCAAGACAUUCCUGGGACACGUCGGGCUGGUGAGACGGUUGGUGACCCCAGCCCAUGUGAAGCUCUCGGAUGAUGAGGUACUUCUCCUUGAGGAGGCGUUCAGCCACAUGGAUGCGAAUGGUGACGGAUACAUUGAUGAAGGGGAGCUCUGCAGCGCGCUAAUGGAGAGUCUUGGCGUCUGUGGCGAUGACACGUCGAUCACAUGGUUGGCAGGCGUCAUCAUGACGCAAACUGACCGCGAUGGCGAUAGAAGGCUAUCUAUUUCGGAGCUUAUCUGCGCGCUCUUGGAUGACAAGGGCGUGUUCCCACCGCAACUCAUCACACUUCCGCCGAGGGACCAGUGGAAGGAGCAGGUUCAUCUGCAUGAUGCUGGUGCCGCAUGUGCGGUGACCUCGCCGUGCCACUGGUUCUCUCCAUACGAGGUAUUUGUUGUUUUGCGCCUCGUCAGCGCGAUUGCUAAUGAAAGGGCAACACUAACGGCAGUUCAGCUUCGCGUGCGUCUUUCACAUGGCCUUCGGAUAUCGCAUGGCCCCCUGGGCUGCUCAUCGUCGGAGCUCGUGUCGCAUCUGUGUCAUAGGGCUCUUCUUUUGGCCCCAUUUAGAAAAGCUAUUGGUGCAGUUGACUGCGAACGCUUUUGUGCCCUGGCUGUGGCUGACCCCAGCGUUUUGUUGUUGACUGUACCGCCCCCUGCUCGCCGCUUGGAGUUGUCAAUGCGUGAAUUGGCAAAGAUUCCAUACCACACCGGCCGGCACCUUACUUUUGCUCUGAUGGAGUUUGACCCAACCUGUAGUGGGGCGCUGCUGCUCGAUGAGAUGCCGCAGAAGCUGCGGGUCGCGUUCCCUGGGAUGGAGGAGGCGGCCGUGCAGUUCAUUGUAAGGUGUUGCACCGCGGCGGCGGAUGUAAACUCCAAGGGAGGCUUUUCACUGCAGCGGCUGGUGCGUCGUCUCGCGAUUCGGUACUAUGUGCUGCCGUGUGGGUACGCGGGGAAACCGUGGCGGCGCCUGAGCCCCUUCGAGAGAAGUCAGAUACGUACGCACCUGCUUCAUUCGGACGUGGAAAGUUGGUGCACCAUUUCUCGUGAGGAGUUGCGUGAGUGCGUGGUGAGGGAACUGCUUGAGUCUGAUGCCUUUUGGGACCAAGAAUAUGUGGCGUCAUUAGUGGCGUCGUAUGUGGAGACGAUGGUCUUCACACGGCAUAUGCCGCCCAGUGAGGUGCGACGGGCGAUGUCGCAGGAGAGUUGGCCGCCAUCUGGGGAUUUGGUGGAGGAGACGUGCAGGGCGGACAUAGCCGCUAGGAUGACGGAGAUUAACUUGGGUCGUGAGGGGCUCUUCGCUGUUGCAAAGGCCACCUGCGAACUGGAUACCUCGCUCGAUGGUAUCAUCAACGAAGAGUUGUUCCUUUCGACCCUCCACGGCGUGGUAGAGCAGCUUAAGCCGCAAUGGGGCAAGCUGCAGGUGAAUCGGGUGGUGUGUGAUGUCGUGUUGAGCUGCGAGUUGACGGAGGAAGGUCUGAGCGUGAAGUGCUGCACCCUCGUGGAGCGUCUGCUGCAGAACCAGCCUGCGUGA